AUGCUAUUUCAUCGAAAAUUUACAGUGAGAAUUCUAUUCGGAAUUCCUGUAGCUUUGGUGUUCCUUAUCAUCUCAGGACUCUAUUAUUGCUAUAUUGCAGGGUAUAUAGAGCAAGUUGACACAACAGGAUUCAGAGUUUUUGUGUAUCUCUUAUUUCAUCUUGAUUUAUUUUUGACAUCCUGAAGCUACUGCAUGUGCUUUUUGACAGAUCCUGGCUCAGUGCCUGAGUUUUUUAAUUUAGAUACUCUUAACAAUCAAGAAUUGAUUGAAGAGUGCGUAUAAUAAUUUAAGUUAAAAUGACCUUAUAAGAUUAUAAAGCAGACCUUUUGUAUACUAGAACAGGCUAUUUAUUUUAAUAAACUAAUAAAUAUUUCAAUUAAUCUAGCAUAGAAUCUGACAUUGUUUUCGCGAAAAGCUCAUUUUGUAACAAAUGCCAAAAAAUUAGGCCAGCUAGGGCUCAUCAUUGCUCAGUAUGCGACAAAUGCAUUUUAAGAAUGGACCAUCAUUGUCCUUGAAUAGGAAAUUGUGUCGGAUUUUACAAUCAUCGGUAUUUUGUCCAAUUUUUACUAUAUGCAGGUAUAGGGCUAUUUAUUGUCUCAAUGAGCUGUGCAAGCUUAUUAUGGGAACACUAUGGGGAUGGACAUAUCUCCACAUUAUUUGGAGGCAUUGUAGGGUUUUCUUUAGCCUUAUCAGUAUUCGGGAUGGGAAUUUUCCAUUUGUGAAUGAUAGUGAAUAACAGAUGUUCAAUAGAAAUUAGAUACUUAGGGCAUUAUAAUGUAUUCGACACAGGAAGCAGAAUGCAAAAUUUUCAGCAGAUUUUUGGGCAAGUUUGAUAUAAAUAUUUUUUGCCAAUUCCAAUUAAGCCAAAGUGUGGAGGAAUUAACUAUCCAGUGAGAAUAAGGACAAAGCAAGGCUCUGUUAUUCUAUUUGAAGAAUUUUCUGGAUAA